GGUCGCAGUGCGCCUAACUGACCACAGAUGAGAGGAGCAAAUUUUAAAACUAUUGGAGAUUUUAUCAGGACAGUUCUUUAAAACUGCAUAACUCGAGGGAUUAUUGCUCAAUUAAGUGCACUGCACUAGCUCUAACUUGUUGGAGUGCAUCACCAGGUUGUUGUAAUGACAGUCUGGAGGAGCAGCUCUGUCACUUUGGUUUGUCUUGGUGUGUUUUUAUUCCUUGUCUGUUCGUGCCAGUCAGCCUGUCGGGAAGCGGGGCUGUGCUGCACCGGCCGGGACCCAUCAUGCAUCAGUAAAGGAUGGAGAUCUGACCGAUCAUAUGGCAACUGCUACUGCGACCAAGCCUGUGUGUCCACCCUGGACUGCUGCCAUGACUAUGAGACAGCCUGCCCAGCUGUGUCCUGUUUGGUAAGUGAGUGGUCGGAGUGGUCGGGCUGUGCUGAGCCCUGCAGGGCCACAGUCCGCAGGCGGAGCAGGACUAUCCUGCAGGAGCCGCUCAAUGCGGGCAAACCCUGUCCACAUCUGGAGGAGCAUGCCGGCUGUGCAGAGUACUGGUCUCAGCAAGGACACUGUCACAAUUCACUUGUCCCAGCACUUAUUACCACGGGUGGCUAUGGCAACGCCAGGAAGAAACGAGACAUCCCUGACAGCAGCGAUAUUAUAGGGUAUUGUGUCCAGUUUCAGUUGACCUCUAUGACAAAAGGAUGCCAGCAGAGUGCAGGCCCACACACUCGAUGGAUGCAGUACCUGAGGGAGGGUCACCAUGUGUGUGUCGAGUGCCAGCCGCCUGCUCUCACUGCCGGACAGAAACACUGUGCUGGAGAUGGAGAGGAAAACCAUGAGGAGGGCAGAAGACAGUCUCUCCAGUGGCAGGCAGUGGGAAACCCUCAAUGCAGGGGUGUGUGGAGACGUGUGGGGAGGCUGGAGGCCUGCUCUUGCCCAACAGCCCACAGCUUCCUCUUCAUCUGACCUCCUCCUUCCUUCUGUUAGCAAUUCUGCUGAACAUACCUACUCAGACACAUGUACAAAGAACAAUCUGCCAGUAUACUAAAUCUGUUAGUGCUGGUCAAUGGUCAGUUGCAUGGUCAAUUUAAUCUUAUUAAUAUUAGUGCAACUUUGUGUAAACCUUUUAUUAAUAUGGCUGAGUGUAUGUCAGUGAAAAUCCCUAUUUCUUAGUCACGCUACAAUAUAUUUACUGUCCUUACUGCAGAACAAAAGCCUGAACAAUAAAUAUUCCUGUUUGCAUCAAAAACUUUGAAUCAUCAGUAAAAUGAAAGUCGACCAUUCUUAAUCAAAAUGUAAAGUGAUCUGAUUUAUUUCAUUUAGAGUCAUCCAAGGGAAAUGUUGCUUUUCUUAAGAAAUAGAAAUAUCUUGGGACAUUGAGACACUUUUUUUUUUUUUUACAUGACAAGUACUGGCUCUGUGUGAAUCACAACCAGUCACAACGCCAAAGUUACAACAUGCACCGAACAAUAGAACAUUUAUACAGAAACAACAGCAUAGAAAGUCAACAGGUAAAAAUGUUUUUUACAAAACAGACAGCCUCAGGACCUACAAACAACAUUGUAUAAGAGCUGGCUAAGGUCAUUCAAAUAUCUUUUUCAAUUCCCUGGAAACAGUGUACUUUACAAAGACUGAUGGCUUACGCAAGGUUGGGGUCAAUUCCUCUGAGAGCUUAAAACGUAGAAAAAAUAUAGGUUAUAUUUUUAAUUUAUACUAGCUUUUAAUUUGUCUCAUGCUCUAAUACUGGUUCCUUUUAUAGUGUCGUGUGUGAUGUUUGUUUUACUCUAUCAAGGCAUCCUGAAUCGACCCCAACCCUGUAAUACAGUGUUAGAUUCAGUGUGUGUAGAAUUAGGCUACUUGCGAAAUCAGUAGUUCGCACUGGGUUUUGGAAACUACCACGUUCUCGUCCAUGUCCUUGAAAGGAUCCUAUUGGGUUCAAAUAAAAAUAAUAUACUUAAAUCUCUUAAAACAGUUAAAUUUAGCAGCUAGCGCAACAACCAAAUUCUAUUUUAAAAUUCAACUAAAUACAUUUACUGUACAGUUGGGAGUCUUGUUAUGGAAAAAGUUUGAGAAUCUGUGCUCUUCAUCUGAAUUUGUAUUACUGUAUGAGAAAUAAAACAAAUCACUUGAUUGUGUUUUCUUCAUAAAGCAUGAUGGCUGAGUCCUUUGAUUCACAUCAGAAUUUCUCCACAGGGAUCUCAGUGAAAUUAAAAGCUCUUUUAUACUAUAAGAUUUUGUUAUUUUGAAUGGCUCCCUUGAAAAUGGAUGGGGAGUAAAGUGCCCAAAUAAAAUGGAAACAAGGACCUGUAAAAGUAAAUGAUUUUUUUGUGUGUGUGUGUGUGUGGUGGUAUCAUGUCACAGUAUCACAGUCUAGGUAUCAAAUCAGAACAUCAUGCUUGAUGUUUCUUUGCACUACCUUUUCUAAAAAGAGUAUCAAUACUAGUGUCAGGAGUUUAAUACUUGUGUGUGUUUGUGUUUAUGCACUUGGGGUAUUUGCCCUAAUGAAUGUCAGUUUUCUACAAUAA